CCAUUCGCACCGUCCUCUCUCGCGAUUGCCGAGCCUUCCUGAGUCGGUCUGUUUCUUCGCAGCAAAGCAACGAUAAAGAGCCAAAAAAAAAAAAAAAUCAUAAAGACACUUAACGGAGGAACACACGGCGAAUCUCCUCUUUGUAUAAAACGCGCUCUCUCUAACCCCGUCCGGAACCCAGCGGUCCAGGGAAAAAAAAGGAGGAGGAGAGGGAGAGUCGACGGAAAAAGAAAUGGAGGAAGACAGAGGAGUCGCUAACGGGGGGGACGCCCACGAUCUGAAAUCGCUCCUCUCCGGCGAGGGCAGGGACUUCCUCGUCCGCAACAACGGCGAUCAGGUGAAGAUCAGCAAUUUAGAUGGUAAAGUCACUGGUCUUUACUUCUCAGCCUCAUGGUGUGGUCCCUGCCACCGGUUCACUCCGAAGCUGGUCGAAGCCUACAAUGAGAUAUCAUCGCGGGUUGAGGAUUUUGAGGUCAUCUUCAUAUCCUCUGAUGAGGAUGAAGAGUCAUUUAACAACUACUUCUCUGAGAUGCCAUGGCUUGCCAUUCCUUUCUCAGACUCUGAGACCCGAGACCACCUCAACGAGCUGUUCGAUGUUAGCGGAAUACCCCACCUUGUGAUCCUUGAUAAGAGUGGCAAGGUUCUCACCGAUGAGGCUGUGCAGGUAGUGAGAGACUAUGGCUCAGAGGGGUACCCAUUCACACCUGAGAGGAUUGCGAAAAUGAAAGAGGAGGAGAAGGCUGCAAAGGAUAAUCAAACUCUUCGGAGUGUGCUGGUUUCCUCCUCUCGUGACUUUGUGAUAUCAAACAGUGGAAAACAGGUACCUGUGACAGAGCUUGAAGGAAAGAUUGUGGGUCUGUACUUCUCACUGAGUUCUUUUGGGCCAUGCAAUGGGUUUAGCAGAGUCCUUGCAGAUAUGUAUGGCAAGCUGAAGGAAAAGGGGGAGAGUUUUGAGGUUGUGCUGGUAUCCUUAGAUGAUGAUGAAUCAUCUUUCGAGCAAAGCUUUGCUAGCAUGCCAUGGCUCGCCAUCCCUGUCAAGGACAAGAGUUCUGAAAAGCUUGCCCGCUACUUUGAGCUCGAGACCAUCCCCACACUUGUUGUGAUCGGCUCAGAUGGGAAGAUUCUGAAUGCUAAUGCUGCUGAACUUGUGGAAGAGUAUGGGGUUGAGGCAUACCCAUUCUCUCCAGAGAAGUUGGAAGAGCUUGCAGAGAUGGAGAAGGCGAAGAUGGAAGCGCAGACAUUGGAGUCACUUCUUGUUUCUGGGGAGCGAGAUUAUGUCAUUGGAAAAGGCAAUGUGAAGGUUCCCAUAUCCGAACUUGUUGGGAAGAAUAUCCUUCUCUACUUCUCCGCGCAGUGGUGCCCUCCAUGUCGUGCAUUUCUGCCCAAGCUAAUUGAGGCAUACCACAAGAUCAAGGAGAAGGACAGUGCGUUCGAAGUGAUCUUUGUCUCAAGUGAUCAGGACCAAAGCUCCUUUGAUGACUUCUUUUCUGGCAUGCCCUGGUUAGCCCUCCCCUUCGGAGAUGAAAGGAAGAACUCUUUGAGCCGCACCUUUAAGAUCUAUGGCAUCCCAUCCCUUGUUGCCAUUGGCCCAACUGGAAAAACAAUCACCAAGGAAGCAAGAGAGCUGGUGAUGGACCAUGGAGCUGAUGCUUACCCCUUCACUGAGGAGCGAAUAAAGGAGCUCAAGGCAGAAAGCGAGGAGAUGGCAAAGGGUUGGCCAGAGAAAGUGAAACAUGAGCUCCAUGAGGAGCAUGAGCUUGUGAAGACCCACCGGCGGGGGUAUUUCUGCGACCGGUGCGGGAAGGAAGGCAAAGGGUGGUCUUUCUAUUGCGAGGAGUGUGACUUUGAUCUGCACCCCAAGUGUGCAUUGGAGGAGGAUAAAAAGAUGGAUGAUGUCGAUGAGGGUGGUUUGCCUGGUGAGGACCCUCAAGACAGGCAAGGGGAGGCUGGCAAGGAAGGAUAUGUGUGCGAGGGGGGAGUCUGCUAUAAAGUUUGAGGUCUUCAAUUACUGGUUUUCAGACAAUUGUGUGUCACCUUAAGUCUUAAACUGCCUUGGAUUACUCACGAUGCUUGUUUAGAUUUUUUUUUUUUUUUUAAUACCUGUCUUGAAUUCUGAAAUUGAGGUGAAAAGACUUGUACUUCUAUAGUUCAUGAAUAUACUUGUAGAAUGAUACAAAUCUUAA